AUGGCGCCCGCGUUGGGGAAGCGCCUGGCCCUUGCGGGCAUCAUUGCCUUCUCGACCCUCAUCCUCUAUGUCUGGCAGAGCCACCUGCUCCCCAAUGUCGAGAAAUUCCUUCCCAAGGUCCACGCCGAUCAUGCCGCCGUGCCCAUUGUCGCCCACAAGGAGAUCCGCUGCCCCGGCGGCUUUGGCGAGGGCCAGUCCAAGUCAUUCGGAAACAAGACGUCUACGGCCCGGCAAAAGGAGCACCAACUCGUCACGGCACCCAAAAUCAUUGGGCUCGUCUUCUUUGGUAGACGCGCGACCGUGUCGAUUCUGGACUGCUACUUGAAGCGCAAUUUAGUGUCGAAUGGCGGUCUGCUCGACGAGGUCGUCUGGCUACAGCGAACGAACAACGACGAGGAUCUUGCCCUUUUGGACAGAUUGCUGGAGAGCGAGCCGCAGUACUCGAGACAAGUAAUCGACGAUGCCAACGCCUACGACUUUGCUAGCUCCUACAACAUCAUUGAUGAUGGCAACAUGUACAUUAAGAUUGACGAUGACAUUGUUUUCAUCGAGGACAACGCGAUUCGCUCCAUUGUUUGCACCAAGCUUGCGCGACCCGACUUCUACGUCGUCUCGGCAAACGUCGUCAACCAGCCCAUGAUUAGCUGGAUUCACUGGAAUCUCGGCGCCGUGCGGCCCUACCUUCCCGAAACCAAGGGCGAAUAUCCCGCCCCCGAGCCCGGGCACCAAGUCGACUGGAGGGCGUCUGCGCUGCCCUCUUGGCGCGGGCCGAGCGAUGUCAACGCCAGCUUUUGGAGCUCGCCCGACAACAAGAAACACCGCUGGCUGCCGGUUCGCGGCAAGUCGGACCAUGUCCUGGACAAGACGCCCAUCAUGGAGACGCAGUAUGAUGCCUUUGGCACAGGCCUUCAGAGGUGGCAGGUGGCGGCACAGGAGCACUACAGCUUCUUUGAGAAUUUGGAGGCCCGAGAGGUGUGGCGGUACAAGUUUAACGUUUGGGACUUUCAGCGGCUGCGCAUGGGCAUCCAGUUCAUUGCCAUGAUGGGCCACGACAUUAACGCUGCUAAACCCAUCCAUAGGGACGAUGAGGAGCACUUUUCUGUCACUAUGCCGAAGAAGCUAGGUAGAGGUGCCGUGGCGGAUGGGCGCGGCGUAGUCGCUCAUUACAGCUUUGGGCCGCAAUCAAGAGAGGGAGGGCUAGACACGACCGAUAUAUUGGAUCGCUAUCGUUCCUACGCCAAGGAGAAUGUCUGCGCGGGUCCUAUGCUGUGGUCUCCAUAG